GCAUGGGUGUGUAGGUAAAACUACCUUCUCUUUGUUUUAUAUCAUAAAGAUUCAAAAAAAGGAUUUGCAUGAAACCAGAAUAUGGAACCUGCGUUGCCUGUUCUUCCAAGACUUGAUCGUCUUGAUCGCCUGUUGGAACUUUUGGAAGAAAAGCAUGGGAAAUCAAGAAGGUACGAAUCUAUAACGACUAAUGAUGAUGAUAACAACAACGAUUAUAAGAAAACAUCUGUAGACCACCCGAAUUGCAAAACACUAUUAUCUGCCCUCGAUGAUGUACAUCACAAAGGCACACUUAUUGAUCGACUUACAAUACUGGAGAACCAUGUGUUACAGUUAAGUCUGGAUAUUGAAGACGGGAGCACAUCAAGAUCGAGCUCGUCGACUGCUUAUACUACAAAGGAGGAAAAAGAAGUCCCAAUUGAUAAAUGUGACACAAAAUCAAGUGGCAAAGGAAGGAGAAGAAGGGUGCACUUCAAACGGAUGAGGUGGAUGUCUAUGGGAUGCUAAUAAUUCCAUUAUAUGCUUUUAUGAUUUAAUUUUUCAGCAUUAUAAUAUAUUUAACAAAUUAAUAUAAAAAAAUGUGUUGUAAGCAUAUAAUUGUAUGUAUAUAAUACAGAAAAAUGAUAUUAUCUUGACGUAUUUAUCAAAAGAUGUAAUAUAAUAUCACCCGUCAUACUAA